AAUCUGACAGUCAAGAUGCCACUAAAGCUGCAGCUUUGCUUCCUAGUCUUGUUUGUAAGGGGAUCCGUUGCAGUGCAACAUAUGACCGUGAUGGAGGGUGAGACUCUAACCAUUAAGUGUCGCAUUAGAAAUGCCCACAGGAGCCACGUGGAAUGGAAGAAUCCUAACGGGCAUGUGAUGUUUUUCAAUGACCAUAAGGCCCUGAGGAAUAAGCGCUACAAGAUAAUCAACUUGUCCGAGUCCGAUUUUUCAGUCAGUGUGUCUGAUGUCACCUUCAAAGAUGGAGGCCUCUACACAUGUUUACAUUACACAAAAGUGCCUGUAGUGAAAUCAGUUACCGUGACAGUUUUGGGUAUGCCAAAAUUGGAGAUAACAGAACACAAUGGAAAGACUACCAUCAAAUGUUCUGCAGUGGGAAAUAGCCAUCCUCCCAAAAUUUCAUGGCUUUUGGGGAGUGGGUUAGAAAUUGAUGCUCAGCCUCAGUCCCAGUAUCUUUUGGAAAAAAACACAUAUUCCUCCCUGGAUGUCUUGCAUGUUCAGUCCCACAAGAGGAGAGUCACAGUGAAAUGCAUCGUUCGCCAUCCAGCCUUACACAAUUCUUCUCUGAUGAAUUUCGUAAAAAUUGGACAGAAUCCCUCUGAGGAAUCACACUCCACUUCGAGAACCUCUCAUUGGCCAAGUACAGAAGGUUCAAAAACAGUCUCCCGUUGGCCUGGUACACAGGUGUCAACAGAAAAACCAACAGCUACAGCCUUAGAUUGGCCCAAUACAAAGCGUUCACCAGCAUCAACCCCUGACUCACAACUCAGCCCUCACAGUCAGCCAGCCCACUCAGUGUUUGAAGCUACAGGGUACACACUUGCUAAUGACAGCAGCAGCAACUCAACCAGUACUACCGAUUGGUCGUCAGUGUCCCAGACAACAGAGAACACACCUCAUAAUGGCACAAGAACCAACUCCACUAAUGCUAGAGGAAUCUUCGAUGAGACGGAGAGGCAGAGAGGAAAUGGAAGCAGUGCGCCGUUGCUCAUCUUCCUCGUGACGUGCCUCAUCCUUGGUCUGCUGGUGGUCGUUGUGUUCUUUGUAAUCAAGCUGAGGAGGGCUCACAUACUCUGGAAGAAAGAAAAUGAAGACUCUGAUCAAUCUGUGGAGAGCAGCAGAUCAAAAUCAAGCAAUGAAGAGAAACAAUCCAGAAGAAGGGGAAAUGGACUUUUUAACAUUGGAUUCACAAAGUAUGUCGUUGAGGAACCAAUGGCAACAGAGACGACAACAACAACAAACACCAAAACAGAAGAGGCUCCUGAAAUGCAAAUCAUCCCACAAACAGAUGGAGCAACCCUAAGCCCUCAGAUCAAGGAGACGGAACUGUAAAAAAUGUCAGUGUGUGUGUUUUAAUAUUGGGAAUUCACAUAGAGAAUUCAAAUCAUAAGCACCUAAAAUGUGACAAACAAUAUAUUUUUAUUGUAAUAUUGUUUUAAAACAUAUAACGUUACUGUGAUAUAGUGGAUAAUUAUGUGUGUACACAGGCUCAUAAGCUGCUAUUAUGUAUGAUAUAUAUAUUUUUAAAUCCAAGUUUAUUUUUAUACUGAAAUAAAGGAAAAAUAUACAACAUAAGUAUGGAUUAUUCUGUGGAAGUAUCCCCCCACCUUGUUAAUAGUGUAUAUUCUCGUGUGUAUUUAUUUUAUUCUCUUGUGUACUUUUAUAUUACUUAGUACAACUGCAUUGUUGAGCUUGUAAGCAAGCAUUUCACUGUACUGUUUACACCUGCUGCAUCCUGCGCGUGUAACAAAUAAACUCUGUGUCACGACUUCCGCCGAAAUCGGGUCCUCUCCUUGUUCGGGCGGCGCUCGUUGGUUGGCGUCGCCGGUCUUCUAGCCAUCAUCGAUCCACUUUUCAUUUUCCAUGUGUUUUGUCUUGUUUUUCUUUCAAUUUCCUCAAUUACUUGUUGUGUACUUAACCCUCUGUUCCCCCAUGUCUUUGUGUGGGAUUGUUUAUUGUAGUGCUUGUGCACGUUCCCCGUGAGCGCACAACGGGUUAUUUUUGUGCCCAUGUAUCUUGGCGUUCUGGAUGCUGUUGGUUUUGCUAAAUAAAUCUCCGGUUAUCACC